ACCUGAAUGUUUAUCACCUGUAUGACGUGAGUUGUAAGCGAUUCGGUUGCAAAAGUUUUCACUGCACCAGCACAAGCCCAAUAAAAGUUUCUUAAUCAAAUCGCACGUCCACGCGUGCAGUCGGAUUCGUCGAAUCGCCACAGUACCUCGACAAAUCGUUCGUAUUUAUUAAGAUACUCAUAUAUUUUCAGUUAAGAAAUUUACCAUGAAAAUUGUUCCGAUGUCUGGUUUGAUUUUAAAUGAACAUGAAGGUGAAGUCCAUGAUGCUGAAUUAGAUUACUAUGGCCAACGUUUAGCUACUUGUUCUAGUGACAAAACUAUCAAGAUAUAUAGCAUACACAAUGGAAAUAAAACCUUAUUAGCCGACAUUAAAGGUCAUCAUGGACCAGUGUGGCAAAUAUGUUGGUCUCAUCCAGUAUCAGGACAUUUGCUAGCUUCUUGUUCAUACGACAAACGUGUUGUAGUAUGGAAAGAAUCAAAUGAUUGGUUUAAUAUAUUCGAAUUCACUCAUGAAUCUUCAGUUAAUGCUGUUGCAUGGGCACCCCAUCAACACGGAACAAUUUUAGCCAGUGCUAGCUCAGAUGGAUCAAUCGGAAUACAUGUUUUCAACAAAGAAUGGUCAUCUAAAUCAUUUAGUGCCCACCAUAAUGGUUGUAAUACUGUAGCAUGGGCACCGUAUAAAGAACAAUUAUUUGGACCAGAUCAAACAGAAUUUGGUAAAAAAUUGGUAUUGGCAAGUGGUGGUUGUGAUAACUUGGUAAAAAUAUGGACUGCUGAAGGUGAUCAAUGGGUACAAAUUGGUGAAAUCAAUUGUCACACAGAUUGGGUUCGAGAUGUGGCAUGGACUUGCACAAUUGGUGAUAAUCGACAGUUAAUUGCCAGUUGUUCUGAAGACAAAACCGUUGUUGUAUCACACAGUGAUGACUAUUCUGUAUGGACCUCUAUGCGAAUGCAUUUGUUUGAUAGUCGAGUUUGGACUGUAAGCUGGUCAAAAAUUGGAAAUGUACUAGCAGUAUCUGCUGAAACUAAUAAAGUAUCGUUAUGGAAAGAGAAUAAAAUUGGGCAGUGGGUUACUUGCAGUGAAAUUGAUGAUGGCAAAGGAGGAGAGGAUUAAAUAUUUCUUGUAUUUUGAAAACAUUUAUUU